UGUUUUUUUUUGACAGCUGAGUGCAUUUGACAAGGCUGUUUUUGUGUUUUGUGGUCUUUAAAAUAUUAAAUUUAUCAAUUAAAAUGAGUACUAUAGUCAGUGAAUUGAGCAUGAACGAUCUAAAUAGUAAAUUUUUCGAAAUAAUGCAAAACGAGAACAACGCAGAGAACGCGGCCAAUUUUAUUUUCGACAGUGUUUGUGACGAUGUAACUUUGGGUUUCAUCUUUGAAUUUCAUCACGGACUAAAGACCGGAUUAACUGACUUGAUCGAGGGAGAGAAGGAAGAUGACGAGGGAUUCAAAAUCGUGAACUCGCCAGAGUGCGAUGUGUUCGGUUUUUCGAUUCUAAAGAAGACCCCGGACUCGAAUUGUUCGUGUCCGAACUGUGAGCGCCCGGUUUCGGCGACACGCUUCGCCCCACAUCUAGAAAAAUGCAUGGGUAUGGGUCGCAACAGCUCAAGGAUUGCCUCACGACGUAUUGCCUCCAAUAGUCGUGAACCCACAUCCUAUGCUGGACUACUGAGCGAUGAUGAUGACGACGCGGACUGGGCCGGAGGGUCGAUACAAAGUGAUAGACGUAAGCGGCGCAUGAAAAACAAUAACAGCAAGAAGUCAAGCAAAGUUCACAAAAACAAUAAUGGACAUCACAACUCGGACUCCAGUGAGAAUGUGGCUACAUACGAGACUAUGUCUGCUAAUGAGAAGAAGAAUCUUCUGCUGUCUAUUUGCGGUGUUGUAUCUGAGCACACAAAGAAACUGUGUACACGCUCAAUGCGGUGCCCUCAACACACAGACGAACAAAGGCGAGCGCUGAGGAACAGCGUCCUAGAACCUUCUACACCGGAGUCACAGACUAUGGGGAUGACUCCCGACGAAGCCGGCUCCCCCCCUGACUCCAGCCCAUCUUCGUCCUGCUCGUCAUCAAGCCGCAAGCGAGACAGACAUAAGGCGGCGCCGAAGAAGAGGCGAGACAGAAAUAUGUCCCCCAACGGUCGGGAUUAAAGGUUCCUUUAUUAUAAAAGUCUAAUAGUUUACCGUAUACGAAAUAUGUAAGUGUAUUGAGUUAUGUGGAUGUUAAUUAUAUAUCUACAGGGUGCAAUUAAACCUUCCUGCCAAAU